GGGGGGAGGGGUUUGGAACGUCGCCGUGUCCUCCCGCCUGCAACCGUCGCUAAAAGCGGUUAGUUCGCCUCGCUGUUGAGCUCUGCGCUCCUUUUUUGUCUCCGAGGACUCCCGCUCUCAGUAUCCAACUACCAGGGAGGCUAGUAGCCGCCAGUAUUGGUUGAAAAAUGCCCAGGAGAAAAUUUGCAGAUGAAGAAGUGGUAAUGGGCCGAUGGCCUGGAAGUGUGUUAUACUAUGAAGUAAAAGUAAUCAGUUAUGAUGAACAUACACAUCUUUAUACAGUUAAAUAUGAAGAUGGAACUGAACUUAGUCUGAAAGAAAAUGAUAUGAGGUCUGUGUCAUCUUUUCGAUUUAGAAAAAGCAGCUCUUCCUCAGGUUCUCCAUCAAGACGCAGUGGUAGCAGAUCUAGAUCAGGCUCUAGAUCUCGUUCACCUGGUCGACCAGCAAAACACAAACGUCGUUCUUCCUCACGAAGCAGAGAACCAAAAAAUGAAAAUAAUAUUGUGGAACCUAAUCUGACUCCUUUGAGGCUGCAUGAAAAUAAUACAAAUCAGUAUAAUGGAGAGCCAGAUAUCACAGAAGUGAAUUAUUCUACUCAUGCCACUUUAGAGCGGCAAAGAAUUGAGUCUGAGCGAAGAAGAGAACGCAUUCUGGAACGAUAUAAUUUGCAUUCUAGAAAGGAGGAGAAGAAAAGAGAGGAGAUAUAUGAAGAAGAGAAAAAUUUUGAAACACCAAAAAGUAUUGAAAAAGUAUGCCGGAAGACAAAAGAACUGGUAUUUGGAGGAAAAAUCGGUGCCUUCUUUAUGAUAUUUCUUCUGCCUGGAACUGUGUUCUGCUUGUUGCUAAUGUGCUCACAGAAAGACCCCAGCCUUCUGAAUUUUCCUCCUCCACUACCAGCUUUCCAAAAUUUAUGGGAGACGAGAGUGUUUGGUGUCUUUCUUCUUUGGUUCUUUCUCCAAGCCCUAUUUUACUUACUGCCAAUAGGAAAGAUUGUGGAAGGGGUACCACUUUGGAAUGGAAUUAGGCUGGAGUAUAGAAUAAAUGGAAUCUACAGUUUUAUCCUAACAGCUAUAGCUGUUGGAAUUUCUCUAUAUUUUGAAAUGGAGUUUUAUUAUUUAUAUGACCACUUCCUGCAAUUUGCUGUCAGUGCUACAAUUUUUAGUUUAUUGUUGAGCAUUUAUCUCUAUGCCCGUUCUCUGAAAGCACCUGAGUAUGAAUUAUCCCAUGGAGGAAAUUCUGGGAAUAUCUUUUAUGAUUUUUUUAUGGGACAUGAAUUAAAUCCUCGCAUUGGAAAUUUUGAUCUGAAAUACUUCUGUGAGUUACGACCAGGGCUAAUUGGUUGGGCUCUUGUUAACUUGGCCAUGCUUUUCGCUGAGAUGAAAGUGCAAGAUCGGAACACGCCCUCUUUGUCAAUGAUACUUGUUAAUAGUUUCCAGCUCAUCUAUGUAGUAGAUGCUCUUUGGAAUGAGGAAGCAAUUUUAACAACAAUGGACAUCACAAACGAGGGGUUUGGAUUCAUGCUAGCAUUUGGAGACUUAGUAUGGGUUCCCUUUCUCUACAGUUUACAAGCAUUCUAUUUAGUGAAUAAUCCAAAUGAGAUUUCAUGGCCUGCAGCUUCUGCCAUUGUAAUUCUAAAUAUUGUUGGGUAUUACAUUUUCCGUGCUGCCAACUCACAAAAGAAUUUAUUUAGAAGAAAUCCAAAGGAUCCAAAAAUUGCUCAUUUGAAUGUUAUUCCUACUGCAACGGGAAAAAACCUCCUUGUAUCUGGCUGGUGGGGUUUUGUGCGUCAUCCUAAUUAUUUAGGUGAUAUCAUUAUGGCCCUGGCUUGGUCCUUACCUUGUGGAUUCAAUCAUAUUUUACCAUAUUUCUAUGUCAUAUAUUUUACUGGUUUGCUUAUUCACCGAGAAGCCCGUGAUGAACACCAAUGUAAGAAAAAAUACGGUUUGGCAUGGGAAAAAUACUGCCAACGUGUACCGUACCGCAUAUUUCCAUACAUCUAUUGAGCGACUCCUGAUGCAAGAUACAGAGUCUCAGCAAGAAACCUUUGGUGUAGACAUCAUACCUCCUACCUUUGCACUUGGAAUAUAUAAUAAUUGUCCUGGAUGUUCUUAAAAAUACAUUUUGAUAGUGCAUUUCCAUAUUUUUUUACCAGCCAUCUAAUUGAUGCAGCCUUAUCACCUUUUAACCACUUGCCAUUUUAAGUGACGUAUUUUUUUUUAAAGAAACAAUAGUUGUAGAGUGCAUGAAAAGUAUUAAGUAAUUUGUAUGCUUUAUAAACUGGUUAUCUGAUGAGUAAUGUUCAUUUUCUGUCCUGUAAAAAAGAAAACCAAAUUUAGGGUUUAAUUACCAAUAUUUUCUUUAUAAUUUUAGUACCUUAGUCAAAAAGCAUCAUAUAAAUUAGCAGUAUACCAAGAACCAGUGGAAAGCAACUUUUACUAUUUUCUUGCUUCCUAAAUUAUAUUUGUUCUUACUCAGACCUGAUUCCCUUGCCUUGGGGAUUUUGGCAGAUAGAGGUUAGAGCAGAGUUAUUAUAUACUGUAUGACUCUUCUGCCUGAUAAAACAGACUCCAUUUAAGUUCUAGACAAGAUUCUAACAUACAUAUUGAAGUCUGUAGUUGAGUGUUGUUGUACACAGUGCAGUUGUAGGGGUAUAUAUAAAAAUGUCCCGUACUACUCUCAUGGAAUGUCUCAGGUUUGAAAAUAUUAGUGGUAAAAAAACAUUAGAGCUUUAUUUAGUGAUAAUAGAAAGUAAUGCAAAAUGUGAAAUAUUGUACAAACUGGAAAAAAAGUAUUUUUCCCCCUAUGAACCAUUGCUUUACACUGCAGCUUUCCUUUAUAACAUGAAAGAGUUUGUUUUACAAUAUUUGGCUGUAAAAUGGAAUUGUUUUUCAAGGUUCAGAUUUUUUUAAAUUAUAACCAUUUGCAUAUUUUUGAAAAAAUGUAAAGUAUUGUAUUAUUGUGAAACAUUUUAAGAGUUAAUGACUUCAUUUAAAUAUGGUGAUGCAUUAUGAAAAAAGGAAACUAUUCAACUUUUACAACUUGGCAUUACUACCUCAAAGUAGGUUAUUUUGCCUUUUUAUAUUGUUACGUAGGGAAAAGAUGCCAAUACUUCAAAUUGCUUUUUAAAUUAGCUUUUUAAUAAGAAAUGGAAAUUAAAAUCAACUAUGGUAUAUAUGCACUAAUGCAUUUUUUAUAUUUUUGUAUUCAUAUCUUUUAACUAUAGCUAUGGAAUAUAAGAAAUUCAUAGCUUUAACAAUAGUAAUUUUACUGUUAAAGUUUUUAUUGAAAUGGCUGUAAUUGACAAAACAAUUGCUAUUUUAAUAUAUAAAGUUUGAAGGCAGAGGUAUUGAAAUAAUUUUUUUCAAACCGUGGAUUUCAUAAUUUUAUAGCAGGUAGAAAAAGUAGUCAUUUAAUAUCUGUGUAAAGCACCGAUAGUUUGUAUAUAUGAAUAUGUAGCAUAGUCUUUAUAACUUUUGCUUUUAAUUUUAAUACAGCUUAUACUACUUUCAAAAUAUUGUGCAGCAAUAAUUACUGUGAAAUAUUACACAAUAUAGCAGAACCUCUUUUCUUCCGUCUACUAUAUUUUAUGUAUCUACUAGCUUUUGCUGGACAUUGUGUGCCUUUAUGACAAAUGUGGAUUCAGUCUAUUUAACCUAAUAAGUUGCCCAGUUUUGAAAUGGAAGGAACUUAGCACAUUUGAGUAGCAUUUGGUAAUCUUUAUUCCUUAUAUAUUUAUAAGGGCUGUUUUAGUUUUGAACAGAACCAUUUUUAAAUUAGAUUUUAGUAAUUACAUUUGGGUUUGGGGGCAGUAACUUCCACACUUGAUAAUGGCAUUUUUGAUUCUGUGAUGAUUAUGCUCUCACCCCCAAACACUCUCCAGAACUUUGGAACUACAUUUUACAUAUUUCUGUUGACCAGACUGACUAGAUUUGAUGGAGGCUGUGGCCCUGAACACUUUUAACUAAGCAGUAGGUAGUAUAGACAUUCCAUGAUUUUUAGGUAUUCUACACAAACUUUCUGACGAAAGGAUUUUUUUAAGAUAACUAUAUUGCCCCAAGAGUAUAGUUCCAAUUAAAAUAAAGAGCAAUUUGUCAUGAUUAUUGUUUUUCUUUUUACAUCUAGAAUGUACUUUUAGAUUUCAUUUCAUGAAAAAUAACUUGCAUAAUUAAAAAUUAGUCCAAAAAUUGCAUUGCUUUCUUGACAGGCUUCUAAUAUUUAUUUGUUAAUUAAAUGGAUGUUUGCUGUUCAUUUUUAUCAAAAAAUAACUUGCAUAAUCUUAAAUUUCAACAGAAACUAAAUUAUGGCCAAGACUGGUUAUAUUCAUGCUGGCUUGAUAGUAAUAUUCUUCUCCUUUCAUACUCUUCACUGAAAUCAAUUAAGAAUACAUUCACUGUUCUCUUUCUUGUUUUAUCUUAAGAAGUGGACAAAAAUAGAUACUACAAUCUUCUUACAGUAGUUAGACUUGACAUAUAAUCCCCAGUUACCUUUAGUGAAGAAAAGGCACUGUUUUGCUUAGCAAAUUAGAUUGUUAACUGCAUUGGCAAAAUUUCCAAACUUGUACUCAGUUUAGAAUUAUCCACAAGGGAAUGAAUUACCCUGGAUUUUUUAGCUAACUAGCUAUUUCUACAUUUUUAAGAGUUGGAAAAGUGUAGUCUGCAAGAAUUGGAGGGGGGGUGUCUUUGUGAAAUUUCUCUAAUGAGCCAGUGCAUGGUUAUGAUAAUAAUACUAGCCAAGUUAAAGUGAAUAAAAAUAACUGCUUUCACUUAAUUUUUUGCCCUCCCCUUGCAUACUUCUGUGGCAUGUGCCUCACAGGAUGCCACUUAAAGCCUACUAUUUGAUAUAUGCCUUGUCGAGUGAUAUUCUUUUGAGAUAGGGAAGUUAGCAAUUCUCAAGAGUUGCAUCAGGGUGGGAUAUUAGGAAGAUAGUUUUCAAGGGAGAUGUAAAUCAUUUGGAGAGGAAAUAACUACUUUGCUAAGACCAUCUCCUCUCUUCAUUUUUUGCCUCCCAUUUUUAAGGGUAUAGAAUUCAGUGGCCACACUUUCCUUGGUUAAGAAAUAGGUGAGGAAGACUGAUUUUACAAACUUUAAAACUUCAGCAAAAAUAACUUACAGAUUUCUGGUGAUCUGGAAUAGGAAACACACUGGUUCAAAAUUUGCAUUUAGAAUUUUAAUAUAAUUGAGCAAGUCCAGAGGUAUUUCAUGAGAAGAGUACUCCACUCCUCUGCUUACAACAGAAUACCUUAUGCCAUCAGGUUUGAAAUUUUGGGAUUAGACAAUUAGAACUACGCCGCCUUUGGUCUGACUUAAGCAUAGUACACAAUUAUCUGCUACAACGUCCUACCUAUCAAUGACUACUUCCGCUUCAACCGCAAUAAUACACGAGCACACAAUAGAUCCAAACUCGAUUGCAGAAAAUAUGACUUCAGCAACAAAGUGGUCAAUGCCUGGAAUGCUCUACCUGACUCUGUGGUUACUUCCCUAAACCCCCAAAACUUUAACUUUAGACUGUCUACCGUUAACCUCACCCCAUUCCUAAGAGGUCUGUAAGGGGCGUGCAUAACUGCACCAACGUUCCUACUGUCCCUGUCCUACUGUCCCCAUUUAUUCGUAUCCUUAUUCUGUAUUCGUAAUCAUGUUUAUACUUAUAUCUGUUAUCUUAUACAUGUUUGACAAAUAAAAAUAAAUUUCUCUUGUA